GGGGCUCGCGGCGAAGUCGGACCCCGCUGUGGCCGAGCGCCGCAGUCCUCCGGCAGCCCUGCGGCUUCCAGGGCGUCGCGGCCGCGGCCGGGCAGCGCCGCUCCCUGAGGUGACCAUGGAAACGGGUGGCCUCCCCCUGGAGCUGUGGCGUAUGAUCUUAGCCUACCUACAUCUCCCUGACCUGGGCCGCUGCAGCCUGGUUUGCAGGGCCUGGUAUGAACUGAUCCUCAGCCUGGACAGUACCCGCUGGCGGCAGCUGUGUCUGGGCUGCACUGAGUGCCGCCACCCCAACUGGCCCAACCAGCCUGAUGUGGAGCCCGAGUCCUGGAGGGAGGCCUUCAAGCAACACUACCUUGCCUCUAAGACCUGGACCAAGAACGCACUGGACUUGGAGUCCUCCAUCUGCUUCUCUCUGUUCCGCAGGAAGAAGGAGCGACGCACCUUGAGUGUUGGGCCAGGCCAUGAGUUUGACAGCUUGGGCAGUGCCUUAGCCAUGGCCAGCCUCUAUGAUCGAAUCGUGCUUUUCCCAGGUGUGUACGAGGAGCAAGGGGAGAUCAUCCUGAAGGUGCCGGUGGAGAUUGUGGGCCAAGGGAAGUUGGGCGAGGUGGCCCUGCUUGCCAGCAUUGACCAGCACUGCUCAACCACACGUGUGUGCAAUCUUGUCUUCAUGCCAGCCUGGUUCUCACCAAUCAUGUAUAAGACCACAUCUGGUCACAUCCAGUUUGACAACUGCAACUUCGAGAACGGACACAUCCAGGUCCAUGGCCCGGGCACCUGCCAAGUGAAGUUUUGUACCUUCAAAAACACUCAUGUCUUUUUGCACAACGUGCCCUUAUGCAUGUUGGAAAACUGUGAAUUUGUGGGCAGCGAAAACAACUGUGUGACUGUGGAGGGUCACCCGUCGGCGGAUAAGAACUGGGCCUACAAGUACCUGCUGGGCCUUAUCAAGUCCUCACCCAUCUUUCUCCCCGCAGAGGACCAUGACUUUUUAAUGUCCUUGGAUUUAGAGAGCCGGGACCAGGCCUGGAGCCCAAGGACCUGUGACAUUGUGAUCGAGGGCAGCCAGAGUCCUACAAGCCCAGUCUGUAGCUCUCCCAAGCCAGGCUCCAAGGAGGCAGAGGUGGGCAGCGAUGGGGAGAGAGUGGCCCAGACUCCAGACAGCAGCGAUGGUGGCCUGAGCCCCAGCGGGGAGGAUGAGGACGACGAACAGCUCACAUACAGACUGUCCUACCAGGUGCAGGGCCCACGCCCAGUCCUGGGGGGCUCAUUUCUGGGCCCUCCACUACCUGGAGCAUCGAUUCAGCUGCCCAGCUGUCUAGUGCUGAACUCACUGCAUCAGGAGCUGCAGAAAGACAAGGAAGCCAUGGCGCUAGCCAGCUCUGUGCAGGGCUGCCUUAUCCGCAAGUGCCUCUUCCGGGAUGGGAAGGGCGGCGUCUUCGUCUGCUCUUAUGGCCGUGCCAAGAUGGAAGGAAACGUCUUUCGGAACCUGACUUAUGCAGUGCGGUGUAUACACAAUAGCAAGAUCGUCAUGCUCAGGAAUGAUAUUUACCGCUGCCGGGCAUCAGGCAUCUUUCUUCGACUGGAGGGUGGAGGCUUGAUUGCUGGCAACAACAUUUACCACAAUGCAGAGGCCGGUGUGGACAUUCGGAAGAAAUCUAAUCCACUCAUCCUGUGUAACCAGAUCCACCACGGUCUUCGAUCUGGCAUUGUUGUCCUUGGCAAUGGGAAAGGCGUCAUCAGGAACAACCAAAUCUUUUCAAAUAAGGAGGCUGGCAUUUAUAUCCUGUACCAUGGAAAUCCAAUUGUGAGUGGAAACCACAUCUUCAAGGGGCGCGCAGCUGGCAUAGCAGUGAACGAGAAUGGCAAAGGCCUCAUCACAGAAAACGUCAUCCGUGAGAAUCAAUGGGGAGGUGUAGACAUCCGCCGCGGUGGUGUCCCGAUCCUCAGGAGCAACCUCAUCUGCUUUGGCUACUCCGAUGGCGUGGUCGUGGGGGAUGAAGGCAAAGGACUGAUAGAGGGGAACACCAUCUAUGCUAACAAAGGAUGUGGCGUGUGGAUGAUGUCCUCUAGCCUGCCCCACGUCACCAGCAACCAUGUGAGCUACAAUGGCCUGUAUGGAGUGGCAGUGUUCAGCCAGAAAGAUGGCGAGUUCCCUGGAGGCCACGGGGCCCAGGAGAACUUCAGUGAGGACGGAGAUGCCAUCCUCUGGGAGGCGGAGCUGGAGAAGGAAGAUGACCCACUGCGCCGGCCCAUCACCGUAGCGCUCGUGGAGUCCAACAGUAUUAACCACAAUGGAGCAUCAGGAAUCUUUGUCCAGAGCAGCGAGGCACUUCAGGUCGUCGCCAAUGUGAUCCACGCCAAUGGGGACAGAGGCAUCACCAUUGUUCAGAGCAGCCAGCUCACACGGGUGGCCAACAACAGCAUCUCCUGCAAUCGCCAGAGUGGGGUCAAGGUGGAAUUUCAGUGCAAGGUGGAGCUCCGGGGCAAUGGUAUAUAUGACAACAGAGGCCAUGGCAUCAUUACCAAGGGUGAUGGUACCGCCGUUGUGGAGAAUGACAUCAUUGGCAACCGCGGUAGUGGACUGCAGUUGCUGCCCAGGUCUGACACUAAGGUACUGAAGAACCGGAUCCACUCCUUCCGGGCCUAUGGCAUUGCAGUGCGGGGCCGUGUUAAGGCCCUGGUACAGGAGAACAUCAUCUUCCAGGGCAAGACCAACAAGACCAUCUUCCAGCAGAUCACAAACAACAGAGAGUGCAUCAUGCAAAACAACAAGUUCCUUGUCUUCAAGAAGAAGUCUGACACCUGGCGCCUGGUGAACCCACCGGCACGGCCCCACCUUGAAAACUCACUCAGGGGCUCCUCUGCAGCCCACAGUGGGCAUAAGGUGGCAGCCAUGGCGACCAGGAUCACAGCCCGUGUGGAAGGUGGCUACCAUAGCAACCGCAGCAUCUUCUGUACCAUCCUGUAAGCAAGAAGGCCUGCCUCAGGCCCAAGCCCCGGUGGGUGCUCAGAAGAGCUACAGGCUGACUGUUGAGGUGGAAGUUAUGCCUGGGAACAUCCCAGACCCAUCCCCACGUUACACACCUGAAACCCUAGGCUGCCUGGGGACUAAGAACCAGGUUCCCCUAGAACCCUUUAGCUCCACAGCCCCAACAGGAAGGACCUUGGGAACAUUUCCCCAGGAGAAAGGGAACAGUAAUUGGAGUGCUCUAGUCACUCCGGCACUUAGAGGUUAUUAAGAGCCGCGGAGGCUCAGACAGUACAUGCAGUUUUUAGGUCACUUGUUCCAAGCUACAGAGAACCUCACUUCACGCAGACCAAAAUCAGACUCUUCUCAGGGAAGAGAGCACUUCUGAGCAAGGGAAGUGACUGUGGUGAGGUGGAGACAGCCGCCCCUUUCCUGGAUCUUGACCCUCUGGUCCCUCUUGGGCCCGUACCAGCCUCCCAGCUGCCCCUGGGAGCUGCAGGGUUUCUAUUAAAGACAGUUCUCCCGGACUAGCUCAUGGCCCUGUGAGCAAGGAAGGGGCUUGGAACAAGGACUUCUUCCUGAAAAGCUGCCCCAGGAAUGACAAGUGGACAUGCUAUAAAUAAGAGGGGCAGGGGACUGCCUUCAGGUGUGAGGCAGGUGCUGGCCUGGGCCCCGUGAGAAUGAACAAAGUUCCACUGUCCCCAAGGGGAAGUUCAGCCCCCGUCACAGGAUUCUGACUGUGUGAACACACACAUUCCAGCUGCCCCUACAGAGUCCAGCCUGUCUGGAUGGAGGCGCCCUGACCCCACCUCACCCCACCCUACCCAACCCGAUCCGAUGUGCCCACGUCCUUGUGGACGAUCAGCUGCCUUGACCAGCCCUACCAGAUCCCCCACUCUGUGCCUUGGCUUGAGCUUGUUUUUCUCCCUGGCAUGCCCUUCCCGGACAACUCCAUCCGUGCAGAUCUCACCCUUUCCUCGAGGGUUAGCUCAGACACUGCCGUCUCCACGUGACUCUCCCCCGGCUCCAGGUGAUUGUGUUGCUCCCCACCCUCAGCCUUGCCCGCCCUCUUGCUCCCUCAGGCUACUGAGCACUUUCUGCCUUGCUUUGGAACUCUGGGUCCUUACAUACCCUGUCCUGCCCAUUUACCUGUGAACUCUGGGAAGGUAGAGCCACCUGUCUGUGUCCUUUUGUCCCAGCCCAGAGUCAGAGUGGAGUUAGCAGCCAGCUCCCAAAGGGCUUCACUAGACUGUACUAGAGUGUGGCAGGCUCUGAGAGCCAGGUGGGCUUGGGUCUGCAUGCAGGGCCAGCUCUGCCUGGACGAGCCCGUUCCCACUGGCCUUUACUGCAGGGCCCUCACCAGCCUUUGGGGUCACUGUCCUACACUGGGCCAUAUCCCCUGCUGGUUCUGUGGAGCCCUAGGUGCUGCUCUGUUAGGUGGGUGGGAGGGGGAGCUCUGAUUUCUCCCUAAGCACUCUGGGGAAAAGAACACUGGCCCUUCCCAUGUGUAGCACUGUUCACUGCACUUGUUUGGUGGCCCCAAUGUGAGUCGCUGUAUAAAAAUGCUGCCUUUGUUAUUUUGUAAGAAAUGACUUUUCUGUGAACCAAGUACUUACAAAAAUCUCAGUAACCAAAAUAAAGUUCUAUAUUUUAAAGGA